AAUGUACCUAGUUGAAAGACCUCAGUUCUACAUGGACGCGACUUGAUCAACGCAUGAACCAUUAUUAGAGUAGGUAAAGGUAAUCUAAUCUGAGAGAAUUGUUUACAAAUUUUCUUACGACUCGGGACUGUGAAUUACAUAAUAUUUACAAAACAACCCUUACCUACACAACUAUGGACUAUCGAGUGUUGUGUUGCGAUACCUAAAAUUUACCUAUUUGUGAGACUCGCUCACGGUUGUAUGUGUAUUUCUUAACAAUUAAAUUUGGAUUUGGUGUGAUGUGUGUUGCCGCGCAAAGAGAAUUUCAAUUUUUAAGCAACAUCGGCGUUAUUGCCAACUCGAUUUUUAACGAUGAAAUUCAAAUUUACUCAACUUGGACGCCGCUGUUGGUGAAUUUCAUGUUGUACUUGCAAGGUUAUUUCGCUUAAAAUAGCGUACGAGUAGUGCUCAAUUAGUUGCUACCUUCCUAUGUGUGAUAUGUAUUCGUUUGUAUUUACGCUGGCAAAUUUAUCAUGGAUGCUGCUAUCGUUCCUUUCGCUGAUUUUGAUGUAUUUCACCCUAGAUAACGCGCGGUGGAUAGUGAGCAACAAAGCGUAUGACAAAUCUGCAUUGGUGGACCCUACGGACAUUCCUUUGUAUCCUUCGUUGGGAAUAAAUUCGAGAUGUAAUUUGAUAAAUGGUCACCAAAAUUGCGCGUCAUUUGCUCUGGAAGGCCUGAGCACAGAUCCGAGUGUUUUCCCGACGUUGUGGAAAAUUUCGUACAUUUUCUUUUCAGUAGGAAUUUACAUAACUUUUUUCACCACAAUUGGAGCGUUUUCAAGUUGUUACUUCCAUACGAUAUACAAUAAAAGUAUAUUCAAUAUAAUCGGCUGUAUUCAAGCACUAGCCGGAUUAUUUUAUUUGAACGCUUUUAUUUUCUACAUGGGUGGAUGGGGUCACAGAAGAGUUCUCGGGGUUUGCGGCAUUAAUUCGGGGCCUUUCACUUUGGGAGACUGUUCUCUCGGUUCUACGUUCUAUUACGCUGUACUUGGAGUGUUGGUUACAUUCAUCAGCGCGUGCGUAUCCAGUAUCGCAGAUAGAAGCGUUUUUCGAUACAAAGUAACCAGAAGAAUGAACGCCGGAAAGAGAUUUAUAUUCGUUUUAUAAAAUCAAAUCAACGAGCAACUGAUUAUUGCUCGGCAGUUGGUGUUGCGUUUCUAGACGUAUGCGAUAUUUUGACGCUUCCGGUACAAGCUGUCGGAUAACAUCUCGCAGACCGUACGAAGGAUCACUGGAUCUCAAUCCUUUAUCAAAUUCUACGUUAGAUGAUGGUGUUAUUAACCCGUUGUACGCGAAUGGCCCGUACAAAAACACAAGUCCGCCACCUUUCAAGUAUCUUCCACAUCCGCGAAAUAAACCUAUUAACAAACACAAUAUACAACUAUAUCCACGUCGUCAUUUUACGGUAUUCUUGCAUGAUAGGUCUUCUCUCUUCUCGUAUGUAAAAAGGUUCUCGAGAAUAUCGCGCACCUUUCCAGUCUCCGCACAAAUAAAUUCUCUCUUUAAAAUAAAAAUUUAAAAAAAUCAUCGCUGAAAAACGUUUUACGAUGGAAAUUGUGUGAUCGAUUACCUACCUAAAUACUCUUAUUAUUUAUUUAUUUAUUUUUGGCGCAUUCGAUAUUCUCGAUGAACCAAUGCCUACUUACUUAUAAAAUUUGCAUAGGUACAUAGGUGUUAGGUAGUGUUAUGGAGUGUGUGCGCGUGUCUUUGUAAAGUAAAAGUAGGUACAUAAAAAUGAAACUUGUUAGAAUAGGUACUUUGUACGCGGAACCUACUCGUAUUUAUAAUUUAGUCUGCAUGUUUAGGCGUAUUCGACAAGAAAGAAGUCGGUUUCAGUUAAUUUUUGUUCCCAUUUAAAGAUAAAAAACGACGAAUUUCUGGUUUCUGGCGGUAAAUCGGUAAUUGUCCGACAGUGACGCUUUUUGUAACCAAAAAAUUCUUGCAAGAUUUUUUAAAGUAGGUACUUACAUAUAGUAUAGUGGUAUCGCUGGUAUCCAAAUGUGUAUAUUUUUUUUUGACGUGAAAACCGGCGCAAAGUUGCUAAACUUAUUAUUUUUUAUUUAUUCGUAUCCCCUCCAAAUAUACGACGAAACGUUUCGUUGGUUCGUUGUUUGACGAUGCUUAUUUUGGCUCAUUAAUCAUUAAUUUUGAUCGCUAUCAUUUUUUUUUUUUUUUUUUUUUUUUUAUGAAGUAGUGAAGUAUACGAUGUAAUAAUUAUUCCGUCGAGUGUUCGCAUGGUCGGGCGUAAGUAGAUAUAUGAAACUGACUUCAACUGUAUGUACUUACUAGUUAGAGGUACUGCUACUACAUAUAACUAUAGGUUAGAUUGUAGACGUAGGCAAUAGGCAUACUAUACGAAGAAUUAAAUUCGGAAUGUGCCAUCGUACUGUAAGUCGAGGUGUGUAUUCGUUUUGCGCACACCCUCCAUUUCAUCAUCAUCUAUGGCAUUCUUCAAGUCCCGGUCCGCAGUAUUUGGUUCUUUUUCCAAAAUUUCACGAACGUAUUUCAAAAAUUCCCUUCAGGCCAUGCGCGUGUGUAACACAUAAUUUAUACACUUAGGUACUUACCUACCUCUUAUUUAUACCGACUGCAUUUAUUUUUAACCUCGACUUUAAAUACGAUGCCAACGCGUACCUUUAAACUUAAAGUGUCUGGUAAUCUAGACCUAAGUAAGGUAUAAUUACAUGACUAAUGAGCAGCUAAAGAACUUCACGAAUUUUAUAUUUACGGCAGCGUAGAUAAGUUCACCAGAAUAAGUAGAUUAAGUAUUGUAGGUACUAGGUUGUGCCUUCUGAGUACCUAACCUAUCUAAUGCGUGUGUUUCAAGUGUACAGUGUACGUAGAAUAUUAACAUACCUAAACCGUGUAUGUUUUAAUACUAUUUUUGUCUGUAACGACUUGCGAAUAAUUUCUACUAUGUACAUACGUUGUUCAAUUUUUCUUUUAUAUCCAUAUUAAAACGUUUUGUUUUUGUUUCUA